UCCUAGGUCAUGUGGGUGUGGUGGUUCUACGCAACUGGUACCGAGCAUGCUCAUCAGCUGGACGGUGCUUGCGUGCUUGCUGAUCCUGCGUACGAGCGUGCAACUGACGGCGCUGUGGAUAUGGCAGCGGUAACGGACGGGGACGCGUCGUCCCAGUUGGAAAAUUGGAUGGGCAACUUGCCGGAGGAACUGCAAAAUGUACCGCUGAACCAUCUAGCCAUACCAGGAUCACACGACAGCUGCAGCUAUACCAUAUCACCACAAGCGGAAAUAGCACCAGACAACGAAUACUACUGCAACAAACUCUUGAAACUGCUCGGGCCCAUUGGAAAGCAAAUUAUGUACAGCUGGUCAGUCACUCAGAACAUCACUACUAAGGAGCAGUUGCAAGCUGGUAUCCGCUACUUCGACAUAAGGAUAGCCGUCAGGAAAGAUCCCAAAGAUGAAAAUUUGUACCUUAUACACGGGCUCUUCGGCGCCGUCGUCGACAACUUCCUCGUUGAAGUCAAGGAGUUCUUGGAAAGCCACAAAAAGGAAGUCAUACUGGUUCAUUUCCAACAUUUCUACAACAUGACGGACACUGACCACAACCGUCUCCUGAACAAGUUGACAAGUGCAUUUGGGCCACUUAUGUGCCAGUUCACCACAGACCUGGACAACAUCACUCUUGCGUCCCUGUGGCGACGUGGAUAUCAGAUGAUCACCUUCUAUGGUCAUGAAAAGUUGGCCAAGUACCAUCCAUAUCUUUGGCCUACAAGCUACAUCCCAAACCCUUGGCCAGAUGAUGAUGAAGCAACACGCCUGGUUACGUUUUGGAACCAAACUUUGCAGCAGGGACGUGAUCCCAAAACGUUUUUUGUGCUUCAGGCUGUAGGCACUCCUCAACCAUCAACGGUCACCAUGCACAUCUGCAACAGCCUCAGGGUCUACAUAGUCCCCAAGGUAAAUGCACUCCUGGAAAGCUGGCUUUCCAGCCAAGUGCCCGGAAGUGGGAAUCACACAUGCAAUGUCAUCAUGUCCGAUUUUGUGGAGAUGAACAACUACCGAAUUCCAAAAAUGGUGGUGGAAUUGAAUCAGAAGCUUCUGCGAAGUGCGUCUGCCAGUGCAGAAGAUGAGAUGGUGUGACCUGAAGGAGAAAGCAGGCUGUUGACUCUACAGCAACUCUGCUUACGCUGCUCUCGCAUGCUGCAAGAACUUAUUGUACUUUGCUGUUCCAGCAAAAAAAAAAAAAAGAAAAUCCUUGUAUAUAUAGGGCAUAUUGUGCUGCUGGGCAAUGCUUGUUAAAAGCAGACUCAACACAAAGAUAUUUUCUCUUUGUGUCACGUAAUUUGCUGUUUAAGCAAAAAAAAAAAAAAAAAGAA